AACAUUUCACUGAAAAUCAAUAAUCAAAAACAUGUCAAAAAGAUUGUCGCGAUUUCUUCAAAUAAAACAAUUUUUGUAUCAUUUUAAAUCAUUUCGUUAGUAUCUACCUACUUACAUAGUUUAUUAGGUUUGCAUUAUUUUCAACUUCGCCGCAUUAUUAUACCUGAGUUCGGCUUAUAAAGCCGAUAUUUUCAACACAAGAUUUCAAAUAAAAUAAUUAUUAAGUUCAUGAAAAUGUUGGGUCGAAAACAAAGCCUAAAAGGGGAACCAGUGCUAGCAGACUACGGGCCUGAAGAAUCAUUAAAUGAAAGUGCAGAUAUAGAAUGGGUUAACAAGUUAUGGGUUAGAAGAAUUCUGAGAUUAUGUGCUUUACUAAGUUUAAUGUCUGUUUCACUGAAUACUCCAAAAUCAUUUGAAAAGUACCCGUCUCUGCAAACAAUAACAUUUGCAGUGGACUGUAGUGUUACUCUUUUGUUUACUGCAGAAAUGAUAGCUAAGAUGCACAUAAGAGGGAUAUUAAAGGGCGAUGUAGCCUACCUGAAAGAUCACUGGUGCCAGUUUGAUGCAUCAAUGGUAUUCUUUCUUUGGGUUUCUGUUCUAUUACAAAUGUUUGAGUUAACUGGUAUAGUCCCAAGAUACAGUUAUCUAAGUAUAUUAAGAGCACCCAGACCACUGAUCAUGAUUAGAUUUUUGAGAGUAUUUUUAAAAUUCUCCAUGCCAAAAUCCAGAAUUAAUCAAAUUUUUAAGAGAUCAAGUCAACAGAUCUAUAAUGUUACCCUUUUCUUCCUGUUCUUUAUGUCACUGUACAGCUUGCUAGGUGUACAGUUUUUUGGAGAAUUAACACAUCACUGUGUUAGGAACGAUACCAAUCCAUAUGAAAUCACAAUAAAUUCCUUAGCCAUCCCUGACACAUUUUGCUCUCCUGACCCUGAUUCAGGAUACCAAUGUCCUCCUGGUAUGAAAUGCAUGAAGCUGAAUCUAUCUAAAUAUAUCAUGGGAUUUAAUGGUUUUGAAGAGUUCACCACAAGCUUGUUCACUGUGUACCAAGCUUCCUCUCAAGAAGGUUGGGUCUUCAUUAUGUAUCGGGCUAUUGACUCUCUGCCAACUUGGAGAUCAGCUCUAUACUUCAGUACAAUGAUAUUCUUCUUGGCUUGGCUGGUCAAGAAUGUUUUCAUAGCUGUGAUAACUGAAACAUUCAACGAAAUUAGGGUUCAGUUCCAACAAAUGUGGGGUGUUAGGAACCCUAUCACUAAAGGCAGCACCACACAGUUUUUCACUGGAGAUGACAAUGGCUGGAAGUUAGUUACUAUUGAUGAAAAUAAACAUUCAGGCACUGCACCAGAAAUAUUCCAUAAACUAUUAAGAUCUGCAUAUUUCCGACUGCUAGUAAUGGGCGUAGUCCUGGCCAAUGGCAUAAUAACAGCGACAAUGAACUUCAAGCAUGAUGACAAUCCCAGGGAGUUCUUUUAUGAAAAAUACUAUUACAUAGAGAUUGCAUUUACAAUCUUUCUGGACUUGGAGGCAUUGAUCAAGAUAUGGUGUUUGGGACUAAAAGGCUAUUUCAAACACUCUGUUCACAAGUUUGAAUUACUCUUAGCUAUUGGCACCACUAUCCAUAUAAUCCCUCAGCUAUACAUGUCAGGGUUCACUUAUUUCCAGGUCCUCCGUAUAGUAAGAUUGAUAAAAGCAUCGCCUUUAUUGGAAGGAUUUGUCUACAAAAUCUUUGGGCCGGGAAAGAAACUGGGCAGCCUGAUUAUAUUCACAAUGUGUUUGCUUAUCAUCAGUUCUUCUAUUUCAAUGCAACUGUUCUGUUUCUUGUGUGAAUUUACUAAGUUUGAAACAUUUGAUGAGGCCUUCAUGUCUAUGUUCCAAAUUCUUACUCAAGAAGCGUGGGUAGAGGUAAUGGACGAAACCAUGGUACGGACGAGCCAGACACUGACUCCUCUUGUUGCCAUCUACUUUAUACUGUACCAUCUGUUUGUUACUUUGAUUGUGCUGUCGCUUUUCGUAGCAGUUAUUUUGGACAACUUGGAACUGGACGAGGAUAUAAAAAAACUGAAACAGCUACGUUACCGCCAACAAAGUGCCGAAAUUAAAGAAAGCCUGCCUUUCAGACUGAGAAUAUUUGAAAAGUUUCCUGAUAGCCCCCAGAUGACGAAGCUGCAUAAAGUCCCUGGCGAUUUUAAUUUACCUAAGGUGCGCGAGUCGUUCAUGCGUCAGUUCGUGUGCGAGGUGGAGGGCGAGGAGGAGGUGGGCGCGGCGGGCGGCGGCGACGUGUCGCGCCGCGCCUUCGAGUACAUCGGCGUGGCCAACAUCGCCUUCCCCUACCGCAAGCGCUGCCUCGUCAAGACGCUCGUCGUGGCGCCGCCCUCGCAGCGCCCCAGCUCCGCGCUGCGCCGCCACGUCGUCAGCUCCAUCAUUGAAGACUCGAAUAACCACAGACCCCUAUUGGGAGACUCCGCAAUGUUAGCGACCGGAGGCAAGUCCGGUCUGAAGCCACAAGGCACGAUAUCGAGUGCUAAACAACUGCGAGUGGAUCAGAAGAAGUUCGGGUCGCGGUCCAUUCGGCGGUCGGUGCGCAGCGGGUCCAUCAAGCUGAAGCAGACGUACGAACAUCUGCUGGAGAAUGGGGACAUCGGCGCCGCGUCGCGCGUCGUGCCGUCCUCGCGGGCCCGGCCGCCAUACCUCGACAUACGACUGCUGCAGGCUAAACGACAGCAAGCCGAAAUGAGGAGGAAUCAACGCGAAGAGGAUUUGCGCGAGAAUCACCCGCUAUUCGACACCCCACUGCUCAUAGUCCCUCGAGAGUCUCGCUUCAGGAAGAUUUGUCGCGCCAUAGUGGACGCGCGGUAUGACGCUCGCCUGCGGGACCCAGUCACCGGCAACGAGAGAAAAGUACAUUACAAAAGCUUUCAUAAUUUCCUCGGAUUAGUGACCUAUAUGGAUUGGGUUAUGAUCAUGGUCACAACGUUGUCGUGCCUCUCAAUGAUGUUCGAAACACCUACCUACAGAGUUAUGGAAAACUUCGUUUUGCAGAUUGCCGAAUAUGGAUUUGUUGUGUUUAUGAGCUUGGAAUUGGCGCUGAAGAUUUUAGCAGACGGAUUGUUUUUCACGCCUAAAGCUUAUCUCAAAGACGCUGCUGCAGUACUGGACGUUUUUAUUUAUAUCGUGUCGCUAACAUUCCUAUGCUGGAUGCCGGUGCGAGUGCCGCCCGGCUCCGCGGCUCAGAUGCUGAUGAUCCUGCGCUGUGUCCGUCCGCUGCGCAUCUUUACGUUAGUGCCGCAUAUGCGCAAAGUGGUGUACGAGCUGUGUCGGGGAUUCAAGGAGAUAUUGCUCGUAUCCACACUUCUGAUUCUUCUUAUGUUCGUGUUUGCGAGCUACGGAGUGCAGUUGUACGGUGGCAGGCUUGCAAGAUGCAACGAUCCCACGAUAACGCGGCGCGAGGACUGUGUUGGCGUGUUUAUGCGACGCGUGUUCGUCACUAAGAUGAAGAUCCGCCCCGGACCCAACGAGACCUUCCCUUCUAUGCUCGUGCCGAGAGUCUGGGCGAAUCCGAAACGUUUCAACUUCGAUAACAUUGGUGACGCGCUGUUAACGUUAUUUGAAGUGCUCUCAUUCAAAGGCUGGUUGGAUGUCCGAGAUGUGUUGAUCAAGGCAUUGGGACCGGUACAUGCAAUCUAUAUACACGUUUACAUAUUCCUUGGCUGUAUGAUUGGACUCACCCUGUUUGUCGGUGUGGUGAUUGCAAACUAUUCCGAAAACAAGGGCACUGCUCUUUUGACUGUCGACCAGCGUCGUUGGUGCGAUCUGAAGAAGAGAUUGAAAAUCGCUCAGCCUCUGCACUUGCCUCCCCGUCCCAAUAAACGCAAAGUCCGCGCCUUCGCCUACGACGUCACACAAAACUUGAGCUUCAAACGAGUCAUCGCGAUUGUUGUGCUACUUAACAGUGGAUUGUUGGCUGUGACGUGGUCCCGCUACUCGCCAUACACGGAGCAACUAGCACUAACAUCGGCGCUGCUAACUUUAGUGUUCGUAGUGGAAGUGCUGCUGAAGACCAUCGCGUUCACGCCGCGCGGCUACUGGCAGAGUCGACGUAAUCGAUACGAUCUGCUCGUCACCGUCGCUGGAUGUAUCUGGAUAUUUAUGCAUUUUACUUUGAAGAACGACUUAUCCUACUUCGUGGGCUUCAUGGUGGUGAUCUUACGUUUCUUCACGAUCACGGGCAAGCACACCACGCUCAAGAUGUUGAUGCUGACCGUCGGAGUCAGCGUCUGCAAGAGUUUCUUCAUCAUAUUCGGCAUGUUUCUUCUCGUCUUCUUCUAUGCGCUCGCUGGUACUAUUGUCUUUGGAAACGUUAAAUAUGGAGAGGGAAUUGGAAGGCGCGCGAACUUCAACUCGCCGAUCCACAGCGUGGCGAUGCUGUUCCGCAUCGUGACGGGCGAGGACUGGAACAAGAUCAUGCACGACUGCAUGGUGGCGCCGCCCUACUGCACGCCCGCCGACAACUACUGGGAGACCGACUGCGGCAACUUCACCGCCUCGCUCGCCUACUUCUGCACCUUCUACGUCAUCAUCACGUAUAUCGUGCUCAACUUGCUAGUGGCUAUCAUCAUGGAGAACUUUUCACUGUUCUACUCCAACGAGGAAGACGCUCUGCUGUCAUACGCUGACAUAAGAAACUUUCAGAACACAUGGAACGUCGUCGAUGUUCACCAAAAAGGCGUUAUUCCUGUCAGGAAGGUGAAAUUCAUUUUACGCCUGCUGAAAGGUCGUCUGGAAUGCGAUACUCACAAAGAGAGAUUGCUGUUUAAGUACAUGUGCUAUGAGCUCGAACGACUUCAUAACGGCGAGGAUGUUACCUUCCAUGAUGUCAUCAAUAUGCUAUCAUAUCGCACGGUGGACAUUCGCAAAUCUCUUCAAAUGGAAGAGUUGCUCGCGCGAGAGGAGUUCGAGUUUCUCAUCGAAGAGGAAGUUGCCAAGCAAACGAUACGAACGUGGCUCGAAGGUUGCCUCAAGAAGAUACGCGCCAACAGUAGCAAACAACAAACGAGUUUGAUUGCUGGCUUGAGGAAGACUAACGAACAAGCUGUCGACAUGAGCAACGAGAAAGUCGAUAAAGAAAAACAAGAAACUGAAACUCAGCAAGUGGUUGCUAAUGCAGGCCGGACUGAAAUCACAGAAUCUACUUCACAGCCUGUUAUAUCUAAUAUUUCAUCGUCCUUUGAUUCGCAACCGAAAAGAUCUUCAACGAAGAGUCAAUUUAAACGGCCGGGGCUGCCGUCUGUUACGAUACCGAGACCCGAGAGCCCGAUCAAAAAGUACUUACAGCCAACUCUAAGUGAUCCCCACCCUGCCCUCAUCAAGAAAACUUCUUGCAAAUCUACAGUGAAGAGCGUAAGUCGCGUCAGUCACGUGAGCGGCGCGAGUGCUACAGGCGGGUCGCGCGACCUGCCCGCGCUGCACGACGUGCACUCCUGGUGGGGCACGCAGCUCGCGCGUAUAGCCGUGGUCGACUGUGACUAGACCUGCAGGACUGCAGUACCCUUAAGCUAUGUAUUAUGAUGACUUAUACAAAUCAUAUUGUACCAUUUGUGAAAUAUCUUCGUCCAAUCAUCAUCUUCCGAGCCUUAGGGCAACUAUGUUGGGGUCGGAUUCCAGUUUUUCAAAAUAUCUUUGUCCAAUACACAAUUUGAUUAAGUAUUUUAAAACGGAACUUCGUCGGAUGUUCCGAAAACACCGAUAUUUCAUACGUUUACACCAAAACUGGAACUUUUCUGGUGAACUUUUGAUAAAUACUCUUGUAAGUUAAAAAGAGAAAAAUUGGAUACUGGAUAUUUGUUUUAUAUUAAGUUGUAUUUAAGGCGAGGAAUUGGUCAACAAUAAUUCCAUAACCGGCACGCGCAUCUAAGGCGCCAAAAGGGGUCGGAGCGUCUGAGCGGGGCGAGGAUAACAAUACGCGCGCUAGCUUAUAACUAAAAGUCGUAAGCGACAAAAUGGUUUUGUAAUUUUAUUAUUUAGAAAUGAUAAUUUGAUAAAAAAUCCUUCUACAGUUUUAAAGAGUAUGUAUAUACUCAACUACUAAAAAAGUUAAGAGGCUUUAAUCGGUCCCGUUUGCCCAUAAUAUGUGAAUCUCUUUUUAAAAAGAGGUAUGUUUGAUAUAUUUUUCUCUGUUAUAAAAGUUACCUAAUCAUGUUUCUACAACUAACAAAAUAAGGUUUAUAUCAUGAACUUUCAGGUAACCAAGUUGUAUUUUGUAUU